UCUUCCGCAGACGGAGGUGUCUCGCCGGUGUACAGUCUCUUUUUCUCUCUCCCGUUUGUCCGUCGUUUUUCCACCACUUGUUAUCAAUUUCAACAGUAAAUAAUACAUUUAUUUUAUUCGAUUAGCGCGUGUGUGCGAUCGUCUAUCUGCGUGCGUGGGUGCUAUUUUUUGCACGUGGCCAUCGCAUUCGUCUUAACAAUGUUCCGCGUACAACGUUUGUUAUCGUGCCGCCAGUGAUUUCAUCGCAACUCUAUCUUCAACCGGUCAAAAUAUAUUCGUUUGCAAUACCCGAAUUGAACAAAAUGAUUGACCGCCGUCCGGAUUUAGAGGUGAUCGACGUCUCUCGGAACGGGUUAAUAACUGAAAUGGACACGCCUCAGUACAGUCUCCGGUGGAACAACCAUCUGGUUCAAAUGAUGGACGCCAUCGAAGUGCUUCUGCAGAACGAGACUCUCGUGGACGUGACGUUGGUUUGCGAAAAAACACAGUUCAAAGCCCACAAAGUCGUCCUGUCCGCUUGCAGCCCGUAUUUCCAAAGGCUUUUCUCGGAAACGCCGUGCAAACAUCCCGUAAUCGUGCUUAAGGAUUUGCCAGACUGGGAAAUGAGAGCCAUCAUACACUUCAUGUACAAAGGAGAGAUAAACGUAGGCCAGGAACAGUUGCCACUGCUGUUACAAGCCGCCGAAACGUUACAAAUUCGAGGUCUUGCCCAUACUGAGCGCAUUCCGUUGUUCAUCGACUCGCCCACCCCGUCGCUAACAACGCCAACAGAAGUCCAACAUCCGCCACCGCCGCCGCCGCCGCCGCCACCACCACCGCCGCCGCCGUCUCAGUCACAUCACCACGGGCACAAUUACCACGGUCAUCAUCACCAUCAUUCCAGGGGCCACAGUCCCAAAUCCAACGCCGAGUUAGUAAACGGACAGAGUUCGCCGGGCAAAAGCGGUCACCAUCACCAUCAUCACCAUCACCGGCACCGCACCGAUUCCCCGCAAAGUCCUCGGAACAAACAGCACCGGCAACCGUCUCCUCAACAACUUCCACGUCACCACCGCGAGGGAUCGGCCGGCCGCAUGUCCCCGACAACCCGUAUGUUCUUCCAAGCUGCUGCUGCGGCGGCGGCGGUGGCUGCGGCUUCGUCCAAUCCUUACGAACAGUCGCACGUCCGGCUACCACAAAUACCGCACCUCCCACCAAUCACGUUCAACGAUAGAAACUGCCCGUCGCCUACCCCUCGAAGGAAACAGGCUAGACCGAGGAGACGAUCUGGUGAAGCGAUUGGUCCCCAAGAUUUAAGUAAAGCCCCAUCACCUUCGAAUUAUUACAACAAUAUUGCUGAAAAUUUGUCUAUGAAAAAAUCACCCAAUAACGAAGAUAGCAACAACGAAAAUACACCUACAAAUUGGAGCUGUAACCAAAAAAAGCAAGUCAGAACACCGUCUCCGCCAACCAAUAAGCAAAUGAAAGUCGAGGUAGAAGAAUCAGAACAGAUUGCAGACUUGGGACAGAGUCAGCCGGUGGAGCUGACUGCCGACCGAAACAAUCCGAACGUAAACAACAAUAAUAACGUGCAGCCUAGUAAUAAAAAGAACCACCAUCACCAUCAUCUUAACCAUCAGCAACAGCAGCAGAGGCACCCGGACUUUCCUUUUUACGGUUCUGAUCCCAUGAGCAUACCGCUUAAUCCACACGACCCGCAUUUUGAAAACUCUUUGUUUCCCCCGUUCGGGCCGUUGUCUUCGCUGUCUCUACAAGGACCUCCACACAUGUUUCCGAUAGAUGGUCAAUUUGGUUUGUUUCCCGGUCUAGACGGCUGUAGAAACCCGCUACUGAACGAUUUGAUCGAGCCUAGGUUCGACAACCCGCCGCCGAGCAAAAAGAAAAAAAAAAUGUUUCCCGUCGGACGACCAAAAGGCCAACACAGUGCGCCCCGGGGUGGUCCUCCUAGGUCUUGGACUAACGCAGAGUUGACCGAAGCACUUCAGCACGUUUGGAACAAGAAGAUGACAACGUCGCAAGCUUCGAGGAUAUUCGGCAUUCCGUAUAACAGUCUGUUGAUGUACGUGAGGGGCAAGUACGGCAAGUCUCUGAAGUUAGAGCAGUUGAAAAAAGAAUGUUUCGGCGACAUCAACGGACCGCUAGACCUGUUACACUUUGGAUCGAUAUCAAACAACAACAACAGCAGUAACAAGAACAAUAACAACAACAGCAACAACAACAACAACAACAACAAUAACAACAGUGGCAGCAACGGCGGUGGUGGAAGCAACAACGGUACGGCCAACAACGGUAACGGGGCGGGCGCCAACAACGGCGGUAAUGGACAAUCGGUGACGUCGCAUAACCCACCGCCAGAGCCCGCCGACCUGAUGCUCGGGCCUCCCGGAUUCAACCCACCAUCCUUUCCCGCACCCAACUUCUUCCCAGACUUCGGAUCCACGUUCCCGAUGGGCAUGGACAUGAUACACCUGAUGCAGCAGCAACACCACCAGCAACAACAACACCACAUGUCGCUAUCGAUGGACAAGCCGUACGGCGGCCUGGAUAUGGUCGGACAACAACAGCCGGGUGUAGCUUUGGACUACGCCAUGAAGUCGCCGGCGGCCAGUCGCAGCAACUCAGAACCGCCGACAAUGGGCGACGACGACGAGGACGAAGACGACGACGGCGUCAUCAGCGGCGAAGACGGUGUCGGCGGAAUCGACGGCGUCAGCGGUAGCGGCGGCCAGGGCGGAGGCGCCGACGACGACGACGAUGACGACGAAGAUGAUGAGGACGAAGACGAAGCGGUGGCCAUGGACUUCUCCAAGGCCGCGGACGAAGACGACGAAAGACUGAGUCCGGAAGUGGAUGACAAAGACAAAGAGCAAGACUGACACGGGGUGUUCAGGGACUUUGCGCUGGCGUUCGACACGGUACUUCAAACUUAAAUCCGGUGUUAUCCAUCCCCAGCCUCACAACCCGUCCACCGUUUAAUACUUCCCCCCACCCUCCGACGUGCGUGUACCUUAUUUGUAUUUCUAAUAAUUAUUAUUAUUAUCAUUAAGCGAAAUUUGUUCGGUUACGUACGCAUAGCGAAACGUCCGAAAGGUCUCGUGUAAAUAUAGUAAUUGUGUAAAAAAAUAUAAUAAUAAUAAUUUAAAAAAAAAUGUAUAUUAAAUAUUAUACAAUAUACAUAUUUAUAUUAUGAUAUAAUAUAAACUAAUAACUACAGCUAGCGAAUACAUACAAAGAAACUUGUAAACAGUUUAAAAACAAUACUGAUCAUGUAAAUAAUUUAGAGAAUUUCGAAAAAUAACAAUUGUACAUUUUAGAACAAACCGUAGCCAUUUCUAUAUAAUAUGAAUAUUAAAAUAUUGUUCCGAAACGAUUCAACAGUUCUGUCUGACAAACGAAUCAAAACGUUACAUUUACCUAUAUGCAGCCGAACACAUAAUGGUGUCUACAUACAGUUCCUAAUUUUUAGUUACAGUAUUUUUAAUAUUAUUUUUAUUUUUUAGUUAAAAAUCGUGUGCAUACUUCUGUGAAACUGUGAUUCCUAACACAAACAGUGGCUUUAGGUUUUACUGGAUUGCGUACGAUUAAUUUUAAUCAUAACUGUUAUUUACCUCGGUAUUAACACAAUAUAACUGUCAAAUUACAGAUAAUUGGUUCCUUGUGCAUAAGGCCACUCACAAAUAAUUUUUUUUUAUAGUUCCUCAACGAUCGCCAUUUUUUUGUUUUAAUUAUUCUGAGCCAUAAAAGCGCAAUAACGUUAGUACAAUUCGAUCGGGAAAUUAAAAUAAUAUACCUCCACAAACAUAUAAUAUUCACUUUUACUUUUAUAAACAAUUAUUAUUAUUAUUAUUAUUAUUAUAUAAUUCAUUCGGCAGUUAAAUUACUUCAUUAACAAAAAAAAAAAAUAACGGUGAAAUAAUAGAUACAAAUGUAUUAAAAUGUGGUGUAUUGUAUUUGUGAUAAGUCAUGACAUACAAAUAUGUACCAUGCUACCGUAAUACAUAAAAUAAUUUCUCAUAUUAUUAUUUAUUACAUAAAUAUUUAGCGAAAUACACUGAUGCAGGGUAAAACAUAUAAAACGUUUAUAAUACAAUACAGGUGUACCUCUACAUAUGCAUAAUAAUAAUAAUAAUAAUAAUAAUAGCAGAACAUGUUAUAAUAUUAUUUAUUCUUAUCUGUCAAUCAUAAACCAAAACGUUGUAUUAUUUAAAACAAUUAAUCAUUACUAAUGUAUCGUAUUAUUUUAUAUAGUAAUAAUAAUAUGUACAUGUAUUUAAAUUAUUAUGAUGUUUAAUUGAUACAUUAAUCUGUUAUACAAUUGUAAAAAAGGCGCGUGUGUAUUAAAAAAAAAGAAAAAAAAAACAUUAUGAAUAAUGUGUGUUACUCGAGUGCAAUGUAUUCAUUUUCAUGGUGAUUUAUUAUGUUACCUCUUAUACGAUAAAAAUAGUAAAUGUCUUAAGUUAAUUUUUAAGUUGCAAUUUAACUUUUUGUUUAUUUAUUUAUUAUUAUUCGGUUUUUUUUUGUUCCUUAAGGCUGUGUAUCUAUUCCGUAUCGUAUUUUUAUGUGUACAAAGAAUUGAAAAAGAAAACUAAAAAAUACAAUUAAUACAAAAUAAAUAAGGAAAAUUACACUUUUUAUUAAAUAUCUCUUAUCUACUAAAACUAUAAUAUUUAAUGGUAUGACAUUGUGGUGCAGCAUUUCAGGGCAUUAUACCAGUUUAUGUACCGUUUAUCGUUAGAAAAUAAUUUACUAUAUUUUAUAUAAAUUCUCUAAUACAAAUAUUUAAUAUAAAUAUAUAUAUAUAGUUAAGUUGCAUUACGUCCGAAUAGGUUAUAUUAUAAUCUACUUUAAAAUUUUUUUUUUUUCGUUUUGUUUUUAUAAUGUACGUGUAAAUUGAUUGAACAAAAAAGUUGUAUUGUUAAUAAUUUAGAAACUAGAAGUAUAGGUUAACGAAUAUAUAAUAAUAUUAUUAUUUAAUAAUAAGUUACGAAAACUUACCGUUUAUUUCUUUCUAUAUUAUUUUGUAUUAUUUACG